CCUACUGCGCAUGUGUGAAAAGCGUGUUGUCAUCGGUGGUUAUGGAGAUGAGAUGGGAGUGCGAUCCUUUAUUUAUACGGUCAUGUUGCUGGUAAGAUGUCUCCAAAACCCCCAGAAGAAGGUCUUUAUACAUCUAGCUGUGCGCUUACAACGAGUUGUGAAUAAAGACUCGCGACUGUCGGUCUUAUUCGCAUUUUAGUCGGAGGAAUGCCCAAGAAGACGGAAUUCACUGCGGUCACCUCUUCAAGUCAUGAGGAUAAUUUCAGUGCCAAGGAGCUGAUGGUGCAUGCACCCACUGUCAGUGGUUGGAGAUCCAGCAGGCUGUGUUCGUUUCCUCAGCACCUCACCCUUCAACUGGUGGAGAGAUGUAGAAUAAGAAAGUUGCAACUGCUGGCUCACCAGUACAUGAUCCCAGCCAAGGUUGAAUUUCAUGUUGGUGACAGCCUGCCUGAAGCCAGCCCUCCAGGCUUACCUGGACAAUUUCACAGACUUGGGUAUGUGUCUUUAUCGGAUAACGAGAAGACCGGCUUCAAAGCCCGGGAGCUGAAGUCGGUGCAUGUUGAUGCCGUCGGAACGUAUCUGAGAAUAACUCUCCACAGGAACCACGCCAACCGUUACAAUCGCUACAAUCAGGUUGCACUGGUCGCCAUUAACGUUCUGGGAGAUCCUUUGGAUAGCAUUGCACAUCACACAGGGCCCCAGCCAAGCAGAGACCAGCUGAUUGAACUGUCCCUCAACAGUACCCAGCAGGAAGCUGCCCUGGACACGACUUUCAUGGGCAAAUGUUUAUCAAUCUCCCAAUUUGAUGAUUUGGCCUUCGACAUGUACCAGGACCCGGAGGUCGCUCACAUCAUUCGUCUCUUGGACCAAAAGAAGCAAGCCGUUGUCCGACAGGAGAACUUUGAGGAGGCCAAGAAGUUGAAGCAAGCCAUCGCAGACCUUCAGAAGGUUGGAGAGCGUUUGGCUCGAUAUGAUGUGGAGAAGAAAAGUGCGAUUGAAAAGGAGAACUAUGACCUGGCCAAGACGAAGAAGGAGCUCAUGGACGAGUACAGGAAGAGCGUCUACCUACAGCUGGAAGUUCACAACCUGCUGGACAUGACAAUGAUCACCAAGACCUCAAAUUUGACCUCGGCUCAAUGUCCUCCACUUCCUCUGCCUUCUCCUGCUGAUGGUUCAGCCCCCACCAAGCCCCUGUUGUCCACAGAUGACAUUAAGGAGGGGAAGAAACUAAGCGCUCAUAGUCAGCAAACAGCCACACAGACUGUUGUACCCACACCUAGCAGUCAGCCCGACAAGUCUGUCACCCCUGCUUCCCUCCCUACCGUUAACAUCACCGGCAUGCCUUAUGAUGAGAGGCCCCUGCCGGCACUUCAGCGAAAAGAUAGGGCGGUGGAAAGCAUCCAUUCACCAUCAGCGGGGAACUCCCCUAAAUCUGACGUGUUGAGGUCUCCACGUGGUCCUGACCUGAGUGGAGAGCCAGAGCCCCUGACAGAGAAGGCUCUGAGAGAGGCUGGCCUUCCUGUUGAGGCCUUUGGAGAGAGUCUGGUGGCUGGUGCAUAUUCUAAGACCUGGUGCUACAGAGAAGACGCGCUGCUUACUGUGCACAACAAACUGCUGGAAGUAAGCGCCGCAGCGCCCAAAGACGAGCUGAGAAACAUGAUCAGAGCAGCAGUCUUUCUGGUUAAGAAGGCCCUUCUGGAUAAAGUUUCAUCUGUUUUUCACGCCUCGCUGAAGCUGCUCCGGUUGAUUCUGAGCCAGCUGAUCCCAGCUCUGAGCCUCGGCCGGGUUGAGGUGACCCACUGCUUGGAGCAGACCUUACCUAAUUUGCUGGCGAGGACGGGAGACUCCCCUAACCGUCUACGGGCGGCUGCCAUCGCCCUCAUACUGGAGAUUGCUGUUUUGAAGGAUGUCAGAGCCCUACAGCUCAUCCCCAGUGAAUUAGUGAAGCCUUUCAAAUCCAACUUCCCCCCUCGUCUGGCUCAGAGUCGGGCUGAACUGCUCCAGAAACUUCUUGUGGAUCUGGGCAUAGACAACUCUGGCUUCACCCUGGAAAAUGUCGUCAUGUUUUGUACAGCUGCUUUGGAGCACAGUGCAAAAGGGGUUCGAGAGCUGGCAGUAAGCAUCAUCUUAUCCCUGUAUGAGCAGCACAGAGGAGCUGUUCUCAGCUACCUUCCGCCUAACGAUGCUUCCGCACAGAAGAACUUUCUCUACAAAACCCUGUUUGAUGGAUUCGGGAAGAUUGAUGGAAAAAUUGCGGCACCUCAGGCUUUGAAAAAAGAUGUCAGACAGCAGCCUGGACAAAAGGAGAAGAAAGAAAUUCACUUCCUUCAAAAGCAGCUGGCCGCCUUGAAAGACAUCACAGAAAGGGAGAGCGAAAGCACCACAGACCAAACAUCCAAUCAAGAGCAAGACAAACUUGACAAACAGUCCCCAAAAGGUGUCACAAAAGGGCCCCAGAACCAGACAGCUGACUGUGUAGACGUACAGGAAUCCAUCGAGUAUCUGGAUAACAUGUGCAUUUUCUGUGGCAAAAAAGAUGAAUCUUUUACAGAAGAUGGAUUGGACCUUCACUACUGGAAACAGUGUCUGAUGCUGCAGCGCUGCGAUGAGUGCAGACAGGUAGUUGAGAUAGCCAGUCUCACAGAACACCUGCUGCGGGAAUGUGAAAACAGGUCCAAGUUCAGCCAGUGUCCACGCUGCUCAGAGGCCGUGCCCACUGACGACCUCACUGGUCACGUUCAGGGCUCAAACUGUAACCGUACAGUCUCCGCCUCCAACCACUGUCCUUUGUGUCACAACAACUUUCCACCUGGAGAGGAGGCCUGGAAGACUCACCUCAUGGGCAGAGAGGGCUGUAAGCAAAACUCACGCAGGACUGCGGUGUCCCAAAGAACCCAGCCAGCACAAGGUAGGGCUGCUGGGGGAACAAAGCAGUCGUUGUCGGUCAGAGCCGGAGCCAAAACCAGAACCGGGCCCGUGGGCAGAGGCAGCCGGAUCCCAUUCCUGACACCCAUGGCGAGGAGAAACGCUGCAGGAAAGCGCUGAAGCUGGUCGGUCACAAACUCCAUCGUCCAAAGGUGGUACAUAAUCAGAAGAAGCAACUCCCCCCCCCCCUGCCCUUUCAUUUGGGAGUUAUUGACGAAAGGCGUGCACUCAAGUAGGCGGACACAAAACUACAAUUCAUCAUUAAGGUGAUCUAGUUCAACCUGUUGGGUUUGAAACAAAAGUUUAUUUUGUGUAGGAAUAUCAGCUGACUCACCGUCCUGUCCGCAGGUUAAACCUCUACCAGUAAACACCUGUGAGGCCAGUAAAUGUGAGCGCACGCACUGUGUGCUUGUAAGUGAUACGCCCCUACAAGGCUUCUCGUCUCUUACAGUCUUCUGUCGACGCUGUUUAAAGUCUUUUAUAUGUUGCUUAAAGUGAAGUCUUACCAUUCCUUACUGUGGAGCUAUCAAUAAUUUUAAUCAUAAAGAUUAUAUUGGAAAAAUGAAGCCAUGUUGAGGGUAUGCUGAUUUAUAUUCCCAGCUGCUGGUGAAAAUUCAAAAGCUAUGUGAUGCAGCACUUCCAGUUACGCAGCCAGCCGCGUCUUUUCAGUCCAACUUCUCUGCUCAGUCACUGCCCACGUUUUGCACAAUGCAGGCACUCUGCUGGAAGCAAAGUUUCACCAAGCUGAGACAACACUGAAUACAUCAGUCUGACAUCACCAGGGACAUGUCAUGUCUGUUUACUGAAAUGCUGUGUGCGGAAACGUCUAGAUGCCCAUUACGGCAGUACGAGCCGUUCAGUGAUUUCUCUCUCCUUUAUUUAAAAAGAUUGAACUGCAUUAUGGAGCAAAUUUGUUUUGAUGCUGUGUAUCGCAUCAAGAUAAAACCAUAAAUGUACUUUUUCUUUUUUUUUCUCACUACUCAUCAGCAAGCCAGAUAAAAACUAUUUUCUGUUUUAGGUCAGUAAGAUUACUUGAUCUAAAACAAAUAAUCUUGUUUUAGGUCAAAACCUAAAAAACUUAGGUCAAGAUUUUGACCUAAUCUUGUUUUUUUUGUCUGUUUGGUUACAUAGCAGAAAAAUAAGAGAGAGAUUUUUUUCUUUUCUACUAUUUUCUUCAUAUUUAAAAGCUUACAUACUUGGGAGAUUGUCAGGCCUUUAAACAAUUUUGGAAAGCCCAGGUGACGAUAAUGCCAUGUUUGCUUGUAGUUGAAGGCACAGCAGUGUAUGUAUUUUGACAAAACAAUAUAAAUCUAGCUACUUUCCUUGUGUGAUAUCAUGGAAAAAAUCUACAGGAACCAGCAAAGAUAUCAGGAUUGUGGAUCAAAAUCCUGAUGUCUGAAAGCGUCACAUUCAUCUGUUGUAAGCAUUAUUCAGAAGUAUAAGCAACAAGGGAUGCUUGCUGAACCUGCUGAGAGAGUCUUUGCAGAGAGAAAUGACACCUGUACCAACACGGGCCAAAAGGUCACAUAGCAAAGCGGAUUCAUUUCCUCCAAAAUCACCAUAAACAACCAGAUUACAGUUUGAAAAUGGACUCCGAGAAAAUAACGUUAGUCUCUGGAAACAUCUUUGCUGGUCAGAUCAAAAUGCAGUUGAAGCUUUUGGCUGUAGUGAAGAUUCUAGGAAAAAUAGGGGAAGCUCACAUUUCUGAGAACACUGUCCCGAAUGUGAAGCACUUCACCAAAUAAAUGGCAUCAUGAGAAAUAUAGAAGCGGUAUUUUAUUCUAUCAACAAGGAAGUUCAUGACUUUCCACAAAAGGGCCAACUAUUACAACUGUGGGGGAGAGUUGAAAAGGUUUGUGUGUGCGUGCAUGUGUGUGUGCGUGCAUGCGUGUGUGCGCGUAUGUGAGCAAAGCGACCUACAAACCUUUAAACCAGCUCCAACAGAAGAAUAUGUGAAAUCUCCAGAGCCUUGUUGGAAGGAGAUAUAAUAUUUUAACUAAGUCAUAGAGACUAAAAGGGAAUUUUCUAAAGACUAAAGAAAUGAAUGUAAAUGUCAGAAUUUUAGAAGAGUAAAAAAAAAUAUUUAAAAAUUCAAUUAGCAACCCAAAUUUAUUGAACCAUCAUGUCUGAAGCUUAGAGAGCCACUGCAUCCUAGUCUGAGCUUUUGAAAAUUGUUCCAAAGGUUUGUUUAUCUUUACUUCUGAAUUUAAAGGAAACAAAGAUCUCUCAUUUAGCAAGUAUAAAUCUAUUUCACUCAUACAAAUAGUGUUGCAAAUUUUGACUGAAAUUGUCAAAACUUAAGUCUGAUAAAAUGUCAGACAGUGAGGGGGGGGGGGAAGUUGCAUUAUUUUCAUGCCGUCUAUGUAAAUAUCUAGUUUGAAUUUUAGCUGAAUGCUAUCGUCUGCACAAAUCUAAACCUCUGUUUGUAAGUGUGUUAAAACAAGCAGAAGUAACAAGCUGCUGGCUGAAGUCUCUAUGGCAACAGCGCUGACGGUCCUUUCUUCCUAAAGCCAUUACAGACCUGCCCAAGCUUUACUGCGGCCAUCGGUGAGCCGUCUGCCCUCACAUUCCCUGACAUUGUCUUUCUUACACUGUACACAGGGAAUGAAGGCCUUGCCAAAGGAAUUUUGUUACCAGUUAUUUUCCUGAAAUUUCCAAAUGACAAUCUUGCAAAUGAAUGUUCUGAACUAAAUAUUAGCUGUAGAGGAUGUUAAAUUUUAAAAUAAUGAAACAAAGGGAGGUUAUUGCACCAUGUAGAGUCGCCCUACGAAGUUUAACUACCUAGAAUAUUUAUUCAGUUAUUAUUUUAACGUGUAAAUGUGUUGACAGCGCUAACUGAAACGCGUCAGAAAAAGUGACGGAAUGUAUUUGAAUAUGAAAUGGUCGAAACUUUUAAUGUAUUCUUGAGCUCUGGCUUUUCGCACUUCAUGAAGCUGUUCGUACAAUGUCAAAGAUGGUUAACGACGGAGCUACCACUGAUCAGCAGCUGUUUUAUAAAAUGCAGCAUAUUUAGUUUCUAACACCGCAUGCUUUUGUGUGGACUUUAAUAUGCUGUGACUUUAUAACGGUUUUUUAUGGCGCUUUCUGUGCACUGUAGCCAGUAAUUCUUAUGACAUGUUUGCAUAAUAGCUAUUUUUCUAUGGAAAUUUGUUUGUGUGUGUGUAUGAAAUAAAGCUGAAUGACAAUGA